AUGACCGACAAAAGAGCGGCAGAAGCUGGGCCGUCUCGACACACACAUCCAACACCAGCAGCAUCCUUCCAUCUGGUAAGACUAAUGGACAAGAAAGCGACACACAACUCGCCUCGGACCUGGUUUCUCACCUCAUCGCUCUCGCCGCUGUGCAUUCGGCUGAUUCGGCUGCUGUUGGCACACGGCGACUACGUGGUGGCCUGCCUGCCACCGGCCGAGAUUGAGGACGAGGAGCGGAGCGCCGAGUUCAAGGAGCUCAUCAACGAGUGUAAGAGCAGUCGCAAGGACCGAGAGGGCUGGAAGGACCGCAUUCGUGGCAUCCGCUGCGAUGGCCGUGCCAUGGGGCAAUGCGGCGCCGCCGUCGCCGAGGCCGUGCACGUGUUUGGGCGGAUAGACAUUCUGCUGUGCUGCAAGUUUGAGGCCGUCAUCGGCACCGUCGAGGAACUCUCAGCAACCCCUGCCACGCGCAACCUCAUCCGCGACCAGUUCGAGACCAUCUUCUUCUCGCAGGUCAACUUUAUCAAGGCCGCCCUGCCCCAGUUCCGCGCCCAGCACACGGGUCACAUCAUGAUCCUGACCAGCAUCGGCGGUCACAUCGGCACGCCCUGGAUGCCCAUGUACACGGCCGCCACCUGGGCGCUCGAGGGCUACUGCGACUCUUUGGCCUACGAGAUCGCCCCCUUCAACAUCAAGGUCACCAUCGUGCAGCCCAACAAGGAGAUCCAGAGCUUGAGCAACAAGGUCGUUUUCGCGCCCCAGCUGUCCUGCUACGACCCUGAAUUCAGCCCCGCCCCGAGUAUGCGCGAAAUUCUCGGCAAUGUGCUUAAUGCCAACCCGGACACGGCUAUUGAGCAGUCCGAGGAGGUCAUCCAGUACCGGUACCCGCGCCUCCCCCCCACCGCCUAUGAUAAGCUGGUCAUGGAGACGGUGCACGCCUUGACGGCCAUUGGGGGCCACGAGAACCCGCCGGCGCGGCAUAUCGUCGGGUUCGAGGGCGCCGUGGCCGUCCAGGAGAAGCUGAAGACGGUGACGGAGGAGCUGGAAGACUUUGUCGAGGCCAGCCUGGCUGUGGACAUCUUUGAGAGCGAGCUCAAGGCUGAGGCGAGGCAGGGAGGUUCAAAUAUUGAGGCUGUUGCGCCGGCUGCGGGGCCACGAACAUGA